CUUGUGAUAACAUUUAGUCAUUUUCAUCGAUCAAUUUCUGCUCUUCUGCGAUAUGAACGUUGUCCUCAAAUAAGAAUUCGCCUUGAUCGAUCAUUAUCGAUCUUUCACUCUCACAUAUCGCUUUUUUUUUCUCAUAGAGCACCUCUCCGAUGUAUUCAAAGAUAAAUUGGCAGGCUGUGAGGUUUUCUUUUGUCACAAGCCCAUGUCCUCUAUUCUCAAAUUUGUGAACUUCCAUGUCGGGAUAUAUGAGCUUGCCAAACCGCUAAUUUAAGUAACGGUCGCUGGCAGGGCAUAUUUUGGUAUUGUAUUCGAUGAAAGUAAAGCGAUUAAUGCAUGAAUAGCACGCCGCAGGGAUCGACAUUAUCCAUACUGCAAUUGCAAACCGAAUCCAUGCUUUCCUCCUUCUUGCGUGAUCUACGAGAUGAGAGGGUUCUUUUAGUGAGGCGCUGUAUCGGUUUUUGUAGAUUUUUGUAAACCAGUUCACCGCCCCUGUACUGAAUCAAUUGGUUCGGUUUUUGUUUUAACAAAUUUCUGUUUGUUUGUCAAUGUUGAAUAACUGUCAUAGGUCUGGAUUUGUAAUCAUGAACAUUGACGCCUUUUUCCGAGUGCAAGAUGUUGCAUAGUGCAGCUGUUUCCAAAGACGCCUUCAUGUAGUAUUGUUAACAAGACUGGUGAAAAUGGAUCACUGUUAAGAUCGGUUUAAUGGGUAAUGGUUGUUCACAUGCAUACGCUUAUGUGCCGUGAGCGUGUCAAGGUCAAGGAGAAGCUAACUGUACUCCGCUAAACUUUAGCCCGAUUGUGUCGGCUUUGAGUUGAUUUUACAUAUAAUGGAAGCCAAUCAUUGUGAUGCCUAGAAUGGUGUAGAAUUAGGUGUUCUUGCAUUGAACUACCGAACACCACUAGAGACGGGGUCUUCGAUACACGAUAACUAAACGAACUGAGUCAUGGUUAGGGCCAUUUGGUAUGUUGGGUUAAGAUGAAGCAGUCAUUGUGAAGUCAUUGCUACAAAUGAAAUCUUUUUUCUUUUUAAAUUAAACAAAUGAAAUCCAUACAUAAUGCUUUAACCUCAGUAGGAAAUUUGUUUCUGUUUCAACCUCUCCCCCGCUCCCUUCCCCGCCUAUCUCUUUCUCCAACCCCCACUAUCCUAAUGACAUCUGUAACAUUACUACAAGCAAAUAAAGAGGAAAAUAAAGAAAAUCCAGUUUUUU